CGGCGCGGUCAAGUCUGACUGCGGGCGCUCCAGGUUUUCUGAGCAGACGUUGCAGCCUAGGCUUAGCUGGAUGGUUGCAGGACAUCACACUGAGCCUCUUUGUGUGUGUGUGUGGUUCAUAAUGCACCCCAAUUCGCUUGUUAAAAAAAAUGUUUUGACACACAAGACAAGGAAGCAGGGAAGCAUCUCCCCCCGUUUGACAGGAGAUCAACAGCUCCCAACAAGCUCUCGCGCUGCAAAAGCCUCCUCACAAUCUCACGCGGUGGUGAACUUGUAGCAGCGGCGCGAUGCCUGCCACAGCGCCGUCUGGCAUUGUACUGGGGCUGACAGGGAGUGGCUCAUUGGUAUUAAAAUCACCGCAGAGUGCAGCGCCCUUAAAGAGGCACCGCUCUGUGUCACGCCGGCAGCCUUGCGUACACCGAGAUGCGUCAAAAACUCUGCCAUCCAGUUAAACACGCGGCACGCAUUUGUGACCGCAUUGAAAUGCAAAUACGCACGAUGGGGUCAAUCUGGAAAUGAUUAAUUGCGAUGUGAAAGGAGAGAAAUCAUGCCCAAGAAGCGGUGGGUCUGGCUGCCGCGCAGCAUCAGGGUCAAAUUUGGUUUGCAAAUUGGUGUGAGUGCAGCCAUCAGCCGAGCUAAAUUAAUCAAACACCAGGGCUCUCCUGUUCAACAACAAACUAGUGAGAAAUUUUUCCAUCACUCUGAAGAGCUGAAGAGCCUCUUGCACACUCCACUACUUAUUUUCCUUCCCCAUUGCACAUCUCUCUCUCUCCUCUAAGAGCUGACCUUUCCCUCCCACACCUCCGCUUCUCCCUGCUCUUUUCUGCUCAGCUAUGCGUGGAUCGGAGGCGAUAACCAGCUCUGCUUGAGCUGGAGGACCCUCGAUACCCUUCCUCUAUCUGCCCUGGUUCUAUUCUCAGCGGAGAGCGAAAAGAUUUGAAAUCGCAUCCUUCUGCCAGCAAUGGAGGAGAGUGACCCACAGAAAUCUGACUGUGACACAAGAUGGUCACAGCAACUGUCAGGACUUCCUCCAAAGCUUCUGCAGCGCCUGAUGCCUUUUCAAAGGGAGGGAGUGGAGUUCGCUUUGUCUAAAAAUGGACGAUGUAUGAUUGCCGAUGAGAUGGGUUUGGGGAAGACGGUCCAGGCCAUCGCAGUGGCGUGUGCUUACAGGGCGGAGUGGCCCCUCCUGGUGGUGGCGCCCUCCUCUCUCAAAUAUCCCUGGAUCGAGGAGCUGGAGAGGUGGAUCCCAGAGCUGCAGCCCGGAGACAUCAACUUGGUGGAGAGCAAGAGCCACACCAUGGAUAUCAGCAGCAGUAAAGUAACAGUGUUGGGUUACGGCCUGCUCACCACAGACGCACGCCCCCUAAUGGAGGCUCUUAGGAGGCAACGGUUCGGCGUAGUCGUGGUGGACGAGUCUCAUUACCUCAAAUCGAGGAACGCAGCCAGGACCAAGAACCUCGUCCCUCUCAUUCAGAGUGCAAAGAGGGCCAUCCUGCUCACCGGUACCCCCGCUCUGGGUCGACCCGAAGAGCUUUUUAUGCAGAUUGAAGCCCUCUAUCCCAAGAGGUUUGGAACGUGGACAGACUACACCAAGAAAUACUGCAACGCCCAUUACAGGUAUUUUGCGACUCGCCGGCAUUGGGACUGUCGUGGCGCCUCCAACCUACAGGAGCUGCACCGGCGGCUGAGCCAGAUCAUGAUCCGUCGACUCAAAGCCGAAGUUCUGAGUCAGCUGCCUCCAAAAAUCCGUCAACGCAUCCCCUUUGACCUGCCCGAGGAGGCUGCCAAGGAGGCCUCGGCCUGCUUCGCCGAGUGGGAGAGGCUGAUGAAGGGACUGAGGUCACAGGUCGCUGCUACGGAAACCCCCUUCACAGAGGUCAUGAGUCUGGUUACACGGAUGUACAAACAAACGGCUAUUGCUAAGGCGGGAGCUGUGAAGGACUACAUUAAGAUGGUGCUGGAGGCAGAGCAACUGAAGUUCCUGGUGUUCGCCCACCACCUCACCAUGCUGAAGGCCUGCACCGAAGCCGUCAUUGAGGCCAAGGCUGGGUACAUCCGAAUUGAUGGCAGCGUGCCUUCAUCGGAGCGAAACAAGUUGGUCCACAAAUUCCAGAGCGAUCCAGAAACCAGAGUCGCCAUCCUCAGUAUCCAAGCCGCCGGUCAGGGUUUGACCUUCACCGCUGCCAGCCAUGUGGUGUUUGCCGAGCUCUACUGGAACCCUGGACACAUGAAGCAGGCAGAAGACCGCGCUCACCGGAUCGGACAGACGUCCUCUGUCAACGUGCACUACCUCAUCGCCAAGGGCACCUUUGACACAGUCAUGUGGUCCAUGCUCAAAAGGAAGGAAACAGUUACUGGUAGCACAUUGAACGGCAGGAAGGAAUUUCUGAAGGCUGAUGAAGGUGACAAGGACAAGUGGGAGUUCCUCAGCCUUGCCAACCCUUGGACGCCGAGUGAGAUGGAGCUACCGCUGGAAGGAAACACAGGAAAUGUGAACGAUGACAUUUUCUUCUCCUACAGUGAGAAAGAAAAGCAGCGCGAUAUUCGCUCGUUCUUCUCGCCAAGUGCCAGCAAGGAGAAGAAGAGGAAGAAACCAGAUGACGAGGAACCGUCUCCGUCCUCGGAGCCGGUGGAACAAGUUGACUCCGACCCUUCUCCCUCCUGUGUGAAUCUAGACCAGGACUUUUCACUGCAGAUGAAGAAGCUUGUAAAGCCCAAGUCCCGGUUGAGGCCCGGGUCUCGCAGGUUGACCCUGGGAUGCAACAGCCCAGGAAGUCCCGCCUCGUCUGUCCGCCGGAAACCUCCGGAGACGUGGAGCUGCGCGACGUGCACCUACUCCAACAGCGGCCUGCUGCCUUACUGCGAGAUGUGCGAGUUCCCGCGUUCAUCUGGACUCAAACCUGAGUCACCAGGGCCUUCUCAAGCCUCCACUGGCCAAGAGUGCGUUGUCCUUUCCAGCUCCGACAGCGAACCAGAGCCUCUGAAAGUCAAACAGACGCUGGAAGAAGCAGAAGAAGAGGAUAAGUGUUGGCCCAAAGGCAAACAAUCAGCGAGGGAGAGAGACGACAACACGGCUGGCAGCGGCGGCUGCCUCUCCCCUGACCACACACAGGACUGUGGAGCGAUGUCGUGCUCAUCUUCUGCUGCUGAUGCUAAUGGUGGUGAUGAAGGCAAUGAUGAAGGUGACGCCGCCGCCCAGCUCGUCUACCCUGGCCUGAAGUUCUGCGCCAGCCAGUACACCGACCGGAUUUAUCUCUACUCCAAGGACGAAGCGCCGUUGAACUUGAGCUUCAUUCCUCUGGACAUUAAGCUAACCAACUGGGACGACCUGCCCGAGGCCUUCAGCCGGCACCGGGAAAAUCGAAUACAGGUGCUGAGAUUCGUUCAGGAGUGGAGCGGCCUGGCAGCCAUGAAGCAGAAGUUGCUGCGACGCAGUGGUUUUCUCUUCCACAGUCCGACACUGGGCCUGCAGCAGCUGGCCGCCAAGCGGCGUCCCCACUCCAGCACCAACAGGUACCUGAGCAGAGAGGAGGUGGCCAAGGCUUCCGUCAGCAAAGCCCGGGAAGAAGGAGGCGGCGUCCGUGUGGUCACCAAGGAAAACUUCUUCACAAAGAGGAGAUCUGGCAAUCCACAAACAUCGGCUGCUGCAGAGAGACUGGACCAGCAGUCUUGCAAAGCAGAAGUUGAGCAGCCAUCUUCAGGGCCCAGCUACCUGCAGGCUGUGGACAGUCAGGGUGUCCCUCUGUGCCUCUCCUGCCAGCAGGCCUGUCCUACCACAGGCGGAGCUUGGGAUACUCGAUUCUGCAGCCACAGAUGCCAGGAGGAAUUCCAGCUGCGGUCCAGCCGGACGUUCAUGCGUUCCUGCGUCCUGGAGGCAGAGCAAGGCGUUUGUCAACAAUGUGGCCUCAAAGCUCAUGAGCUGUUCCUGAAGGUCCGUGAUGCACCAACCUCCAAGCGGAAGGAGAUCCUGGAGAACACAUGGCUGGCCCAGCUGCCACCUGAACGGCUCAACAAGAUGAUCUGCGCGCCGGUGGAGGGAGACUUUUGGCAGGUGGACCACAUCCAGCCGGUCUACAGAGGAGGAGGACAGUGCUCCAUGGACAACCUGCAGACGCUCUGCACCACCUGCCACAAAAAUCGGACGGCUCUGCAAGUGAAAGAGCGCAGCCAGAUAAAGAACCUCAAGGUAGCGUCAGACAUCACCAGGUUCUUCAUCAGGAAAUGAAACGCCUUCACAGUGAAAGACAGCUGGUGCUGUGCAGUUCCCAUCGCAGACAUGAGUCUCUGGUGUUGAGGCCACAAGAGGAUGCACUCGGAGCGGAAACUGGGGUAGUAAAGAGAAUAAUUACAGAGUUAAACUGCAAAAUAAAUGUCUUGUUUGCACCGGGAAUGGGCGGCCAAAGGGAAUACAGAUGCUUGUGAAAAACAGAUACCUGAGCAAAAAUAAAGCCAACCACACCAAGAAGACAGAGGCUAAUUUAUGCUGCUGCCAAUCACUGAAUAUAAUUGCAAUAGCAGGUAUAAUAGCAGCUCAGGACUAGUUAUUUUCCCCCUCCGGCUCUAUCUCAGGUGCUUGGAGAGGUUUCCAUCAGCUCCUGAUUUUUCAAGAGAGACCUCUCAGACAGAAAUGACAAUGGACUUUCAAUGGCUUAUAAUUAUGCCACUUUCCUGUACAAUUUCCUGCCCGUCAUUUGCAUUAAGACUCAUGCGGGUGAAAGUGAGCCACACGCUGCUCUGCUAAAGGCCCUCGGAUCAGCCCCAUGCCUCAAAUUACCAGGUGCUCUAACACUUCUUGGAACGUCUCUGCUCACCCCGCCGUCGCUGUCCUAAAGUUAUCUGACUCUGUUAAUUGGAUGGAUGACGUCCAGAGUGUGACUGCGUGAGGAUCGCAGAGAAAGAAGCAGGCGCCUGGGAUUUGUGAAACCAGCGUUCACCGUUUCCUCUCUCCAAGGUUAUUCAACAUUGCAUCUUGUGUUCUCAAAAAACUAAAAUCCUUUAAAAAAUAAUUAAAAAAUUAUGCUGAACGUGUUGGUGAUCCAUGUUGGAUUUAGGGCCAAAUGUAAUACUGCCAUCUAGUGGAUAGGAAGAAGACUGCUUAACAGUUGCCGAUAAAUGUGAAAAUAAUUUGAUUUUAUGCUUAGAAAUAAAAAUCUGAAUUGUCUAGCGUGUGUUUUGUACCUGACAUCACCUUUCUUUUUACAAAUAAGCCAACAUUUGAGAGCAGUUUGGUUUUAUUUAAGGGUAAAUACAUGUCAGGUGAUUCUAAAAAUGUUGAAAACUUUACAAAAAUGUGUUUAUUUGCCAUAAGAAAUCCUUACUAUUGUUGUUUUUUUACUAAGUUUAAAUCUACUGCCUCAGCUGCUUUAGUAAUCAUGUGAAGGCUCAGAUUAUAUUGUGUGAGGGACGUAAGUUUUUUUUUUAUCUAUAUAAACCAUUUUUUACAUUCUUCCACAUGCAGUCAGCAGAUUGGGUGAUGCUUUCCUUUCAGAUGGCUCUUAAUUCUGGGAUUUGUUGCUCUCAGAAGCGGCUCUCGUUUCCCCCCCUAAGCUCUCUGCGGAUCUUCGCACAGUAGGCGUCUCUCGUAGCGUUUUGAGAGGUAGCUGAAAAUAAAUCACCGCCCUCCCACCAGUACGCAAGCAUGUCCAGAUGGUGAAGUUUUCACUGACGUCCCCCCGCUGAAUUUCCCCCCAUUGUCUUCCUCUCUAAAAUUAGAAGGCAAUACUUGGUUGAAAAGCGCUGCGUCUGCUCAGAUGGCGCUGGUUAAUUAUCAGGAACUGGAUUUAUGUGCCGCCCACAAGUGAAUCGUUGGAGAGUUUAGCAGAGAACCCUAAAGAGUUGAAAUUUUAGGGUUAACUUUCAGAGUCCUUUGCUUAAUUUAAAUAAAAUUCAUGUAGCAGGAAGACACAUGAAUUGGUUUCAUGUCAUUAUCCUUGUUUGUGUCGUGACAAGUUAGAUUAAAUCAGAUCUCCAGCUUAUUUUUUAUGAAAUCUCAUUUAUUUCAUUAUCUUGACAUAAUGAGUUUGUUUUGACUUCAUUUUUAUGAACUGAUAAUGAAAUCAAAGGCUUGUUUUUACAGCAUUAACAUCUUAAUGAUGUCUUGAUAUGAAGGCGUGAUGUGACGCGUCGAGGGUUUCAGUAUCUGCUUUGAUUGUCUUUGUUCUGGUUGAGGCGCCCAGAAAACCUGCUAAGCCUGGUGGUUGGGCUGCCGAGUUUUAGUUAAAAAAUGUUUAAAUUUAAAGUCUUUAAAAAAUGCAAUCAUGUUUUAAAAACUAAUAAAUAAGCAAAGCUAAGUCAAUUA